CAUCACUCCCCCGCCCUGGGGCCCAGUCCUGGAGCCCAUGAGCCUGACAGCCCAGACAAAAUAUCAGGCAUGUCCCCAAGACCUCUCACCCUCUUGCACCACAGAGCCUGAUCCAAAGGUGAAGGUUCCUGCGAGCCCUCACCCCAAACAGACGGACUCUACAGAAAGCACUUCCAAAGAGAGCAGGGAUGGAGUCGGCAAAGCCCAGAUCCCUCGAGCCACCGUGGCCCCACUAGCACUGGUCAAACCCAGACCUGGAACGGUCUCGCCCAUGGCCUCCCCAUUAGCCACACCAGCUUUCAAAGACUCCAUCCCACCCUGCAGUCCUGGGCCAAAGACGGGCGGCAGCUCCACCUCGUUCUGGAGCUCCGUUCCCGCAUCCCCUGCCAGCAGGCCUGGUUCCUUUACUUUCCCCGGGGAAGCAUGUGACACACUGGGACGGCAAAACCAGAACCAAAGUCACCGGCAUUCCACCCACAGUAAGGACGCAGACCGCAUGAGUACCUGCUCUUCUGCCAGUGAGCAAUCUGUCCAGUCCACUCAGAGCAACGGGAGUGAAAGCAGCAGCAGCAGUAAUAUCUCCACCAUGUUGGUGACUCAGGACUAUGUGGCUCUGAAAGAGGAUGAGAUAAAUGUAGGUCAAGGGGAGGUGGUGCAGAUCCUGGCCUCCAAUCAGCAGAACAUGUUCUUGGUGUUUCGCGCCGCAACCGACCAAUGCCCAGCCGCCGAGGGCUGGAUCCCUGGAUAUGUGCUGGGCCACACCUCUGCCAUUAUCCCUGAUGUACCAGAGGGGACCAUUAACAGGAAAUCAUCAUCAUGGCAUACAUCCCUCCGUAUUCGAAAGAAGUCAGAGAAAAGAGAGAAGGAAAAUAAAAAGGAGGCCAAGCUUGAAAAUGGAUACAGGAAAUCCAGAGAGGGACUAACCAACAAGGUCUCUGUAAAGCUUCUAAAUCCCAAUUAUAUCUAUGAUGUUCCCCCAGAGAUCCUCGUCCCGCUGAGUGACGUGACCUGUGAUAAAGGGGAGUGUGUCACUCUGAGGUGUAAAGUGUGUGGCCGCCCCAAAGCCACAGUCUCAUGGAAGGGACCCGAUCAGAAAACACUCACCAACAAUGGCCACUUUAGCAUAGCCUACAGUGAGACUGGCGAGGCCACUCUGCGUAUCGUAGGUGUGACCUCAGAGGAUGACAGCAUGUCUGAUCAGGGCCGUCUGCUGGACUACAUUGUGAGCUGGGGGAACCUCACUGAGGAAAAGGUGGCCUUUUACCUCCGGGACAUUUUAGAAGCUUUGCAAUACCUGCACAACUACAGAAUAGUUCAUCUGGAUUUAAAGGUGCAUGACGAGAUACCAGUUGCGAUUGUCCGCAAUAUGGGAAAUCUUGUGGUGCUAGAUCGUCACCUGUGGCUUACUCUGACUGAGUUAAAGGACUCAGAGAAAACGGCCCUUCUGGACGCUCCCAUGAAUCCCUUGGGUCUCUUCAGAGCGGCAGUAGAGACGUUCAUGGAGCGCUUCGUUGAAGCGCAGAAGCAGUCGAAGGCCAUUAGCCACUUCCUGCCAAAGCGUGUUGGCGCGAAUCUUCCUGCGCGUUCCCAGUCCUCCUCAGCGCAGUGCGCGGGAAGACCGCAUGCCUCUUCUGCUGCUGUUCGGCGCGAACAUGAGCCUGCGGGGAGAUCAAGACAGCCAGGCCGAAGCGCGGUCAGGGCUCGAAGGGCCAGAGACCCCGACUUGACAGUGACGGCAAGCCACUGGCACCGGAAUCAAAGUUCCUGA